GCGGCUCUGGGAACGUCCUGAGAUGAGAAGGAACAUCUAGUCGAGAAGGAGAGCAGAAAUGGGAGGAAAGAAAUCCAAAAGCGCAGACGACGACCCAACGACGCAGUCGGGAAGAAAGAGCGCCGCUCUAGAGGAAAACCUCCCGACGGUCGAGCGCAUUCGCAAACACACGACGACACACUUCGGAUAUAAAGUGCUCAGCCUCGCUCGGCGCGGCAUGACGGAUCCGCCGGAGGAGUUAUGGGAGCUGACGGAGCUGCAGAAGCUCAAUCUGUCGCUCAACGCGCUGCGAUCCGUCCCGUCGUCUUUGGGUUUGCUGCAAAACCUGGUGGUGCUCAAUCUUUGGGGAAACCAGCUGAGCGCUUUGCCUCCUGAAAUCGGACGUCUUAGAAACCUGAAGGUGCUUUUCGCCUAUCGCAACCGCUUGAGCGACGUUCCCGAAGAGCUGGGUUCGUGCACCAAGCUGGAAGUGUUGAGUCUGGCCAAUAACCAGUUGACCGCUCUCCCGGCGUCGCUGUCGGCUCUCGGCGGAUUAAAGAAGCUCAACCUCAGCCACAAUCUCAUCACGCACAUCCCCGGCUGCGUUUACACCAUGAAGAACCUGGUGUUCCUGCAGCUGGCCUGUAAUAAGCUGGAGAACAUCGCCGAUCAGAUCCAGACGCUGACCGACUUGAAGAUCCUCAUCGUGGAGGGAAACUCCAUCCACUCGCUUCCCAAGAUGCUCUGCUGUCUGACCAAGCUGGAGCUCCUCAACGUGGAUUUCAACGACAUCCAGAACGUUCCGGCCGACAUGCACCGGCUGAGACGUCUGGAGAAGCUGGCCUGCCAUCCGCUGGAUAAAGGUCUGCACAUCAGACACAAUCCCCUGCUCAAACCCAUCAAAGAGGUUCUGGACGGAGGUCUGCAGGCGCUCUAUAACUACCUGAAGGCGUCGUGAAGCGCUUAAAAACACCUGGAGGGCUUGUUUACCGUCUCUUAGAGAUGCAGCCUUGAUUCUGAACUUCUCAAGGUCUCUCUGAGGAUAUAAGAACUGUAUUAUUUUUAUUCCGACUGCUGUCGGAGUUCAUGCGCCUGCAGGUUUUGCAUUCACAAAGGCUUGAGUAUAAAUUCAGAGUAGCACUGAAAAACAUUCAGAUGUGAAAAACGGAUUUGCUGUAUUUUUCUUCAUUUUUAUGUCUCUUAUGCUCAUCAAGGCUGCGUUUAUUUGAUUAAAAAUACAGAAAAAAAAAUAUUUUUAAAAUAUAAAAUAAUGGUUUUUAUUUUAAUAUCUGUUAAAAUGUAAUUUAUUUCUGUGAUGUGCAGCUGAAUUUUCAGCAUCAUUACUCCAGUCUUCAGUGUCACAUGAUCCUUCAGAAAUCCUUCUAAUAUGCUGAUUCUAAUUCUAAUAUUUUUUUGGAACCUGUAAUAUUUUUUCGGGAUUAUUUAAUUGAUAAAAGGUUAAAAAGAACAGCAUUUAUAACAAUAUACACUACUGUUUAAAAGUUUGGGGUCAGUCAUUUAUUUUUAUAUAUAUAUUUGAUAAAUGCUGUUCUUUUUAAUUUGUUAUUCAUCAAAGAAUCCUAAAAAAAGAACCACACGCUCCAAAAAAACAAUGUUUCCAACAUUGAUAAUUCUAAUAAUAAAUCAGCAUAUUGAUUUGUGAAGGAUCAUGUGACACUUCAGACUGGAGUAACAGCUGAUGAAAAUUCAGCUUUGCAUCACAGGAAUAAAUUCUAUUAUAAAGUAUGUUAAAAUAAAAAACAUUAUUUUAUAUUGUAAUAAC